GCAAAGCCGCAGUGCUGAUCCCCACCCACUACUUGAAUGUGCGCCGGGGCGGAACUGCUGUCUAGGGGUUAUUCAUCGUCUAGCUCGGUUUGCUCCUCAUAACUCACUGACAUGCCCACCAUGGAUUUCUCCAAAUAUUGCAACCCCAAGCUUCAGCCAACGGCUAUUCUCCACAUUCUCCUUUGGUUCACUUGGCUACAUUAUAUGUCAAUGGACUUGCAUUUCUCUUUUCAAUCAAAUCUUCAAGUUUUUACCUCAUAAUUACCAUCAAAAAUGACUCUCCCUGUAGCCUGCCCUCCUUCCUCUGCCUCGUCGGAUCCGCCUACUGUCGCUCAACGCAAGCGACGCAGGAGAGCUCCAGCCAGCGGUGCAUCGGACGAUUGUUUCACCUGUACCAAACGCAAUGUAAAAUGCGAUCGAAGAAGACCAUAUUGCUCACAGUGCCUGGAAGUAGGAAAUGAGUGCUCAGGUUACAAAACUCAAUUGACUUGGGGCGUGGGAGUGGCAAGUCGAGGUAAACUGCGAGGUUUAUCCUUACCCGUUGCAAAAUCCCCUCCUGCUCCAAAAAGUCCACCCAUCACUCGUCCGCGAGCUGCUUCUACCAUUGCGAGAACUUUAGAAAAAAAUGAAGAGGGUGUUCGAAUCAAAUUAGAAAAUGCAGGCUCUGUACCUGUUAGUCCAUUUAUGACCUAUGAUUUUGUCAAUAUGGCACCUCAUGGAAACGCUGCGACGGCUACCCCAAUGUCAGAUUGGAAUAUUACACCAUCUCACGAAUUCACAAUUCCAAAGUACCACCCCGAUACACAACAACGGCAUAUGCAAAGAUCUUUACCCCCACAACUUCAUCGGAUACAUACGCUUAGCAUCGGGAGACCAGAAGGGCUUUCUAGUUCCGUGGACUCUCUGAGUCCAUAUCCUGACAGCGAGUAUACAUCACCGAUCAGUCAAUCUUUCCAAAAUGAGGAAGUUCCCUUCCUCAACAGCCCCGCGCCGUUGUACAACAGCUAUUCUUCCAGAAAUACUUCGGUGACAGAUCAAAGUUCGGAUAUCAUGGGAAACUCACGUGGGCCUACAUCAUGCCCAGAUCAAUUUUACGCUCCAUCAGAGAUGAGCUCAAGCAUGAGCUCCCAUCAAAAUAUGUAUGAUUUGUCAGAGGGACGUCAACCUCAACGAUCUCAUCAAGCUUCUUCUUCAGUACAUGAAAUCUUCUAUGAUGAUGAAAUGUUAGGCAUGCAAAACUCUCACGAGUCUGAGGUAUUUGCCACAAGCGCCAGGUCCAGUCAUUUUGGUUGGACUUCUAUAAACGAAGAUGAUGUUGGUUCCCCUACAUCUGAGACGGAUACUUAUGGUCAUAUUACUGGGCAUGAUUCCAUGUCAUCUUCACUUACAUCUGAAAUGUCACCUCGAAUCUCAUUCUUUUUAGAUUACUACGAGAAAAUAAUCUGCCCGUCGGUAGUUGUUAUCGAUAGCCCCUCAAAUCCAUAUCGCGAGCAUAUUCUCGCUCUGGCAUCCUCAAGUCAAAGUCUUCAGCAUGCCAUUUGCGCGCUUGCUGCUUGCAACUUGCGCAUGAAACGAAAGCAGUCAUUAGGUCAAGAUCAUUGGCGUCAACCAAUCGAACUCGAACUCCAAGAUCGUAUUAAUGCGGGAUCUAUUGGUAGACCGGUUUGCACUAGAAGAACCUCUACUCAGUCCACAUUAACCGAUUCUUUGAGCACUGAUGCAUCACUCCAAGAAGAGUAUCAACAUCGCUCUCUAGCCGUUUCCCUACUUAACCAACAAUUGACCGACCCUUCCAAAGCCCGCCACGAUUGUGUUCUCGCGACACUCUUCAUCCUCUGUCAUUACCGAAUGUGUGAAUCUGGUAUUGCUCAAUUCCGUACUCAGUUCGCUGGUGUGAAAAAGAUUCUUGGGAUGCGAGAAUGCGGAACUGAGACCGGUAAUUGGGGGUGGAUGGAAUCUCUCUUUACUUAUUUUGAUGGCAUUGCCGCUUCAAUCAAUGAUCGUGAAGCUCAGCUUCGAGGUGGUUACCUCGAAAUGCUAGCUAGUCCAUCUAAUCCCAACCACGGGCUUGAGAAUAUGGCAGGUUGCGAUGCUGUCCUUUUCAAAACCAUCGCCAAGUUAGGACGCCUUAAUCUAUUGUCGCAACAUCGUCCAGUUAUGAAUGAUGCCCUGACCCACCCCCCUCAUCCAAAUCAUAUGCACCAUACCGGCGGACUUCACAGACCUCGUCUAGCUGGCCAAGCACUUGUCGACUUCUACAACCUCCAUUCUCUUUCAUUCGACGGUAAUGGUUUCGCUUCAACGAUGUCUCUUGACGAUGAACCCGCCUUUCCUAUUCAGAGCCUCACCCCUCUCUCCCCCACAUCUUGCUCUCCGACAUCAUCUGUUCCAUCCUACAUGCCCGGUGACGACCCACAAACUACAUUCUGGACUGAAUGGAAAGCCGCUCGCCUAGCACUUCAAGAGUGGGAAUUUUCUCCAUCUCACAUCGUCUCUUCCCUUCCAGUCACUCCAAGUCCAACUCAGCUCCGCGAUUUCGGAUAUAUUUCUGAAGCAUUCCGUUACUCAGCUCUCUUGUACACUGAACGUCUUGCAUGUCCCAAAACACCCAGUUCACAUCUGAACUUCCAGAAUUUGGUCAGCCAAGUCUUGUUCUAUGUAACAAGUUUGGAGACCAAUAGUGGAUGUGAGAAGUUCUUGCUGUGGCCCCUUUUCAUAAGCGGGAGUGAAUGUGUCAAUGAGUUGCAACAGAGUAUUGUCAGGAGUAAAUGUCGAGAGAUUAUGGGAAGGUCGGGAUAUCUUAAUAACUUGGCGGGAUUGGAAGUCCUUGAAAAGCUGUGGGCAGAAGGGAAAGAUGGUAGAGCAUCUCCAGAUGCGAUGAGAAGUCAAAGUGGACCUUUCAAAUGGAGUAAGCAUAUGGAGGGGAUUGAGGGUGAGUGGAUUAUGGUUUGAGUUGUCUAUAUGGCUGGGGUAUUUUCUCGUGAUGAUGUGAUGACCACUUGUUUUUUUGUUCUUGUUACGAUGAUAUCCAUUGUUGCUCAUGUCACAUUUAUGAUGUCUUUCAAGUACGUUAUGCCACGCCAGGCUUUCUUUUUUUCCCUUCACAUGUUUAUUAUAGCCAAAAUGCUCUUUUCCUUUACACAAUCUGGGGAGUGAUUGUGUUUGGUGGUUAAUUUUAUCUACUGGGGGGAGCUUCUGCAUGGAGUGGGUGGUCGGCAGGAAUAAUGGGUAUUGGUCGGGGGCUGGGAAGGACAUGAAAAAAAAAAUGUUGGGGCAGAUGGGCGUCACGGUUGCGGAAAAUGAAGGAUGUCCACUCAAUCUUGUUAUGCCUCCGCUCUUUAUCUUAUGUGUUACGAAUUAUGUCAAAGAAAAGAAUCUAUAUAGACAAUACGAGAAAUGUUUGAUA